AUGCCGCCACAGAUCAAGCAAGAUCUGAAUCGCUCAGGCUGGGAGACCACCGACUUGCCUUCAGUCUGCGAGCGAUGCCUCAGCGACAACCCAUACGUCCAGAUGCUCAAGGAGGACUACGGCGCCGCAUGCAAGCUCUGCACCAGACCUUUCACGGUCUUCAGAUGGAAAGCCGACCGAACAGCGAGGCAAAAGCGCACAGGCAUUUGUCUCACAUGCGCGCGACUCAAGAACUGCUGUCAGUGCUGCAUGCUUGAUCUGAGCUUUGGUCUGCCGAUCACGAUCAGAGAUGCUGCGCUCAAGAUGGUUGCGCCGGGACCGCAGAGUGAAGUCAAUCGGGAAUACUUCGCGCAAAACAACGAGCGGGAGAUUGAGGAGGGAAGGGGCUUGGAGGGGUAUGAGCAGACGGAUGACAAGGCGAGAGACUUGCUGCGACGGCUGGCGAGCUCAGAACCAUACUACAAGAAGCAGAGGCGGUUAGAAGCUGAAGGUGAAGAGGGCGGACAGAAGCUGCUGGAGGGAGGUGAGAGCUCAGAAGGAGGACACAGACCAGGACCGAUCCGGACGACAGACUCGAGAGGCAAGUCAGCCUACGGAUCUGCGUAUGGAGCACCAAGCCGCGGAGGUGCGAGUGCUGGCAGAAGUGGUAGAGGCGGCGCGAGAGGCGGCAAAGGAUUUCCAUCUGGAGCUGCUCUACCGAUCAAGCCUGAGGACAUCCUGCCACCCAGAGACACUAACAUCACAUCCCUCUUCAUUACCGGCGUAGAAGACGACAUGCUGGAACACGAUCUGCGAACGCACUUCUCACAAUACGGCGCUUUACGCUCAAUCGUCUGCAGUCACCGAUCACAUUGCGCUUUCAUGAACUACAUGGAUCGAGCUGGAGCUGAAGCUGCGGCGGCUGCAUGUCAAGGCAGGGCAGUGGUCAAGGGUGUACCGCUCAGAGUGCAGUGGGGCAAGCCAAAGCCACUCGACAACAUGGAUCGCGAUCAACGACUGGAAAACGCCAAGGCAGGCCGUGCUGUACAGAGUACUGCCAAAGCAGUUGGCGGUGCCCCUGGCAAGAAGGCGAUUACUAGUGGCCCAGCCGCAGCCGAUGAGUUGGACAGUCUGGCAGCCGUCGCUCCACCGCCUGGACAAGGGGACGUGGAGUAUGCGGCGAUGGCAGGCGAGUGA